AUGACCACAGUUUUGUCUAGAAGAUGGAACAACCAGUGGACUUCUAUCCAAAAGCUGAAGUUUUAUGAGCGUGUAGAUUAUUUUAGGACUGCUCACAGUCACUCUGAUCGGAUCUCUCUCGACUCUCACAUUGUUGAUUGGAUGUGCACUGUUGUUAGGUGCAAUAUGAUUGCAAUUGCACUCCGACUUGAAUAUAAUGGGGAGCCUAUUCAAAUGCCUAGAACUGUUUUUACUUGCAAAACACUGCAGAGUUUGAGUUUGCACUUCAUUGGUGGGCAUAUUACUUUUGAUGCUCCUACAUCCUACUGUUUCCCCAGUCUCAAGUCCCUCAAAGUAAGCGUUACGGAUCCUGUUGAGCAUGAAACGGAAAAGAUUUUUUCUUCCUGUCCUAAGCUUGUUUAUCUGAGAAUACAUAGUUCAGCAAGCUUAUUUUCGGUAAUUGCUGCCUUUAAUUUGAAGCCAAAUUUGGUUUUGGAUAAUACAAAAUCCCUGCUGGUCAGAGCUAGUAUCCUCUUUGAGAUCAAUGACAAUCUUGUAGAAGAAAGACAGGCUUCCUUACCAAACCUUCCAAAUAUGCUCCUGCUGGCUCAAAUUUCUGAGGUCAAAGAUCUGUAUCUUACGGCUCCUCUUCUUAUGGAUUGCUGCCUCCCUGCUUUUGGUUAUUUGACUAAGUUGGAGUUGGUUCUUUAUGGUUGCGAUUACUGGAAAUGCCCAUCAGCUGUACUUCAAAAAGCUCCUAAUCUGGAAUAUCUGUUUUUUUUUCGCGAUAAAACUGAAGGUGAUAAUGAAUGUUUGUGCGAUCUACCAGCGGUUGUGCCUAUAUGUCUGUCAUCACAUCUGAAGAAUAUAUUCAUAUGGGGAUUCAAGGGACGGAAAUGUGACAUAAAAGUGGCAGAUUAUAUGUUAAAGAAUAGUUAUCAUCUGAAUACGUUCACCAUCAUCUACUACAACACUGGUGCUUUGGAUAAGAAAGAGUUACACAAGGAGCUUCAUAACAAACAUAAGCUCCUGUCGACAUUUAGGUAUCACAUUUCUGUGUAUUGA